UAUUUAUCGGAGAUGGGGAGUUGAAAAGACGGAGGGUAGUUUCCAGGGAUCAAUGAAAUUCGAUUGCCUGGAAGUCGGCGUCGCGAGGGGGAUGCUAAAACGGCGGUUCGUUGCGCAUCGACGCGUCGUCUUUGUUGGAAACGCUUUUACACCCUCGAGCGUUGUUGUUCGGAGGCCCUCGUUACUCCGAAGAAUUUGUAAUAAAAUGUCAAUGAAGAAAGCAGAUCUUUCUUUUUAAGUGGUCGCGCAACGUGAAACGAUCGCGUAGUUGUAUACAUAUGUAUAGUGUCGAAGCUGAAAAGUUUCGGGAGUCGGAGAGCAGCGAGGAAGAUGUCGUGCGAGGAAGAAACAAGAGAAACGGAGGAGACGAGGGAACCAACAAAAGAAGGAAAGGAGGCCACCGAGGAGGACCUUCAGAUUUUCGAAACGCUUUGUAUAUCAUCGCCUCGAAAGAUUGUCGAGGAAGAAGCCAUGACCCAUGAUCUAACGACUACGUUGAGGAGCGAGCUAGCGGCACUCGAGUAUAAACGCGACCGGUUGAUGUCCGAGCUGCAAGAAACGAAGAAUCUCGUGAGAUUCCGAGAUCAACGAAUAGCCGAGUUGCAGGUAGAGGCAGAACAACUUCGCGAACAAGCAGCUAGACAGAAUGCCAUCGUGUUAAGCUUGAAGAAACGCAUACAGGAAUUGGAAGAACGCGAGAGGAAUCUUUAUACGAGUCAAGGAAGGAACGAGACCGUGCUGCGUUCUUUGCAACGAGAUUUAAAGUAUCAUCAGGAGAAGAAUCGGGAAUACGAAAAGAAGAUACGUCAGCUUGAACAGACUGUGUCGGAAGAGAUUGAAUCGAGAGAACGAGCCCGUUUAAGUUUUCAGGAAUUUACGCGGAGAUUGGCGAACGUAUUAAGCGUCGAGUAUCGCGAAACCGUUCAUCCUAGUCCUGAAAUCGUGAUGCAUAAAGUCGAAGAGUUGGUGCAAGAAGCGAAUCGUGUUCGCGCGAAGAAUACGAAUAUCGAAACGCAACUGACUACCGCUGAGGUAGACUUUAGAAGCUGCCGGGAUGCAUUGGACUGUACCGUAGCCGAGAAGGAACAACUUCAGCGUCAAGUAUCUUCGCAAUUGGUCGACUUGGAUCGUCUCAGACAGGACAAAGAAUGCCUGGAAAUGCGAUACAAAGUCGCGGAAAGGGAAUUGGACGGGUUGAGGGAUAAAUUGUUAAACGCGAACAGAAGCAUAAGCAGCGCGACCGGAAAUAUAUCGAAUCAAGAGGCGUUGAUUGGACAGCUGCGAGAAGAUCUGGCGCAACGGGAUGAAAAGUGUCAGCGUGUGCAAACCGAGUUACGCCACCUUUUGGAAUCGUUGGCAACGCUUGUCAGCGGCCCGAACAGAUUCAUCGAGUCUCACGAGAAUGUCAUUAAGGAUCGCAUUAGGGAGAUCUUGGCCGAGAACAAAGAUCAGGCUCUUGCGAUUCAAAAGCUUCGAGACAAGGUAAACGCGGCAACGGAAUCGACUACUCGGCAGGGCGAAUUGAUCGAAACGACUGUGGCGAAGAUGCGAAAUCUCGAGGACGAACGAUCGGACCUGGGAAAUAAAGUUCGCAAAUUAGAAACCGAGUUGACCGAUUGCGAGCUGUUGAAGGAAUCUCUGCGCAGAGAAAAACAAAUGUUCGUAACGUUUCUGAACCGACUAGGAAAAGCGAUGCAAAUGGACGAGAUCUCGGAGGAAAUGGGUCUCGAUCUUCAAACGGAAUCGCUUCUGAUACGAGCCGAGCAACUUGCCAGAUUAGAAACCGACAAAUUAGUGGAUAAGUACUCGUGCUGCAACUACACCAUCUUACCGAGGAUUCGACGCGAGCGAUCCUUCCACGAGCUUCCUUCUAUGAAAGAAACCUCGGUGGUGUAUCAGCUGCAGCGUCGUGUAAGGACGCUUCGGGAGCAAUUGCAACGCCGGGAUCUUCAUUUGGAUCUCCUUCGCAGAAAAUUAUCGCUUCAAGAGGACAGCGUGAAAAUGAAAUCGUUGCUGCAAAGUGAAAGAGACGAAGCGAAUCUUCGAGCGAAGAAGUUGUCGAAACAAACCGAUCGCUUGCAAGUUCAACUUUUGGAAGAGAGAUCAAGAAAUCGCGAGUUAAGCGCCCAAUUGACGGAAGCCGCGGAUUACAAAAUAGCAGCUUUGGAACGCAGUCGAAAGAUAGAAGAGGUUCAAAAACGGCUGGUCGAGAGCGAGAUGCUGAGAACUCGAUGCAACAGAAAAUUAACCCUCUUGAAAGAACAAAUAAGAACAACGACUGAGACUGCCGAGCAGGAGAGAUCCAUCAGCGACCAUUCGUUGCAAUUGCUUAGGGACGAGCUAGCGCAAGUCAAACAAAAUCUUUCUGAGAUGACGAAAAGGGAAUCCCAGCUACAAAGUUUCCGUGUUUCCGUGGUGAAAUUAUUAUCGGAACCAAUUUGUACACCUGAUUACGAGAUAAUUUCGCGACUGCAAAAAACAAUAGCGGCACAUCGUGAUUUCACCAUGCUGUCGCGCCGAUACGACGAGCCAUUGGAUACGACCAGUCCUUCCAGAUGUACAAGCAUACAUGCGAUGCAUCCUCCUAGAUCACCAGGAUCAAGAUGCGCUCGUUACGAAGACAGCGGAUUUGCAGAUCCGCCGGAUCUUCGCGAUGUCGAAGACGAAUUCAACAAACGACCGGAUGCAGACGGUAGAGAGCGAGACUGAAGUUGUUGUGCUGGUUGAGCGCGGGAACGCGAUGCAGCAAGGUAGACGAGAGGGGACCAAGGAGGACGAAGGGAACAUUGUCUAGUAGUAUGCGAAUUCGUUCGAGCCUCGUACCUCGUAUCUUCCUGCUCGAACCAAAGUGUGCCGAGCACUAUAUGCGUGUCGAGCACUACGCAAACAGAUCUCUCGCUUUUCAAAUCUUUCCUGAUCUUCUUGUCAAAUCAUAUUCCAGAGGACUGAUAUUGCAGACAAAAACAAACGAAAUGUGUUUUUAUUUCUUUCUUUUCUCUUUUUUACUGUUAAUUCGUAUUUUUAGUUGUUCUAUCGUCCAUUAUUACCUUAAGCCUAUACGCAGUCUUUCAGAGUGUAGAAAAACGCCACGUUAAAUACCAUGGUAACGCGAUACAAAAGGAGCAAUAGAAAUGGGAACAGCAAAAAAAGCAAAGUAAUCAGAGAUAGUAAGUAUUUGCCAUAUUGUUAGCAGUUGUUAUUCCAGAUAAAGACGAAACUCGGCUUUUACGCUAUGGCGUUUUCCAAAGAGCAAAGAAGCAGGGUUGCGUGAUUUUAUGGGGCGUGUUUCUUGCUUAGUGGAAAAGUACAUACGUACUCUAAGUACAGCACAUACCUACACGUAGUACGUCGUAUACUGGUUAGCCCUGAACUUGGCCAGGAGUGAACUACCUCUUUCUUUGCAGCAACGUGAAUACGUGAAUGCAAAGACGUCAUCUUUGGCCUCCUUAUUUCUCGUUGCAUACAAAGACACGCAUUACGACUAUUUUAACGCCAAACAAGUACACUGUACAUGUUACUUUCCACGCUUUAACACGUAUCAAAAAACAAUAU